AUGGGCUCUGGAAGGAUCUACGAUGAGGAUGACUCGCGCCGGACGAAGCAUCGAACCGACGAGGGGGACGACGAGCACAGAAACUAUGAUCGGCCGAGGAAGCGAAGCCAUCGGGAUCGCGACUCGCCAGAGGCGUUCCAGGAGCCCCCAUCCCACGAGGCAGAGGUCAAGAGACCGAGAUGGCGACAGCAGGCGAACAAGGCGGAGCUCACGGUCGCCUGGAGGUACAGAGUCACCCGUCAUCGUUAUUCGAGCCCGGACAAGGGCGACCGCGAGAACAGCCAGCCAGCUGCCAGGCGAUCUGGCCCUUUGCCGUCGCAAGCGGAUUCUUUCGCGGUCAGCAACGGCGAAGAACCCGAGAAGCCCAAGGAGAAACCCAACUUCGGCAACACAGGUGCCCUAGCUGCUGCAUCCAACUCGGUCACCCAAGCAGACGGGACGACGAUCACGCUAAAGUACCACGAGCCACCCGAGGCGAGAAAACCCCCUGCGCGGGAUCAAUGGAAGCUCUUCGUGUUCAAGGGAAACGACGUCGUGGACACGAUCGAGCUGGGUAGCCGAAGCUGUUGGCUCGUAGGGAGGGAGACCACAGUCGUGGACAUGGUCGCCGAGCACCCCAGCAUCUCCAAGCAGCACGCUGUGGUCCAGUUCCGGUACACGGAGAAGAGGAACGAGUUUGGCGAUAAGAUCGGGAGGGUCAAGCCGUUCCUGAUCGACCUGGAGAGUGCAAACGGCACCGAGCUGAACGGUGAAAAAGUGCCAGACCGGCGCUAUCUGGAGUUGAGGCCCAAGGAUGUGGUCAAGUUCGGGCUCAGCACCAGGGAGUAUGUCAUUAUGCUCGCGAGAGACUGA